AAAUCCUUCAUUUUAUGUGAUACCCAUUCUGGGUUUGUGCAAGAUUUUAUUAUUUAUAAUGGAUCACUGACUAUAGUAAACUUUGAAAAUGAAUUUAUCGGAAAAUCAGGCAAUAUAGUCAUGGAAUUAUUAAAACCUUACUUAGGUAAAGGCCACACAUUAUAUGUGGAUAAUUGGUAUACCAGCCCGGCACUUUUCACUCUUUUACAUAAAAGCAACGCAUGUGGAACUGUCCGAAAAAGACGAAAAGGCAUGCCGAUUUUCCAGGAUAAAUUAAAUACUGGUGAAGCGAGUUUCCGUUCUUCUAAGCAUUUACUAGCAAUGAAAUGGUGUGACAAGAGGGAAGUAUAUAUGCUAUCUUCUUGCCACAAUCAUGAAUUUGUUAAUACAAAACUUCAUUACCGAACGCAAGAAAUGAUAAAGAAACCAAAGUGUGUUGUCGACUACAAUCGUUUGAUGGGAAGUGUAGAUAAAACAGAUAUGGUUAUUAGCACCAUACACUCCCAACGCAAAUCCAUGAAGUGGUAUAAAAAAUAUUUCUUCCAUUUAAUCGACAUGUGCGUUUGGAACGCUUUUUGCCUGUACAAAUUAAAAACCAGCAAACAAAUCUCUAUGACAGUGUGGUGCGGGAAUUCCGGGAUCGAUCCGGAUAAGACUCGUCGGUUGGUCAGUUGUCCGUAA